AUGGAUUCACAAAUAACAGUUAAAUGUGGUAAAAAAUGUAAAAUUGAUAAUGAACAACAUAUGAUUCAAAAAAAUGGUUCUAUGAAGGACAAUAAUACUGAUGUUUGUCACGAUCAUUUUCGCAUCGAUAAAGAACAAUCGAUGCUUAGUGAUUGCCAAAAAUUACUUGAAAGAAACGAACCCUUAGAUAAGCCAGAUAAAUAUGGCAUUACUCUUCUACAUAUUGCUGCUGCCAAAGCAUAUUCAAGUGUAGUUCAUUUUCUAUUACAACAUUAUGUGAACGCAGAUCAAGUUGACGACACAGGUGCUACCGCGUUGCAUCUUUCUGCUAAACAUGAGCACGGUGUAAUUGUAAAACUUUUACUUGACGCGCAUGCUAACCCAACAGUUUGUGAUCGAUUUGGUCGAAAACCAAGUGAAGUGUGUCUGUCGAAUAGUUUUAUUCGUGCAUUACUUGUCAAAGCUGAAGUUAAAUUUGAAGAAAAACGUAAACGUGCUGAACAAAGUGAUGAUAGUUUAGAAGAAGAACAUGACGAAACUAUUGAUAGUUUAUCCGAUGACGAUAAUCACGAUGAUGAUCUGCAAGUUUUAUUUAAACCGAUCCCACAAAGAAGAAGCAUGAUUAUUUCUCCAAUAUUAAAUAAUGAUAACGAUGAUAGCAGCACUACAAAAAUGAUGAAUAUUUUUGACGAGAAAUUAAAUAAUCAUACUAACGAUGAUCGAUCACUUCCAACAAAAUUGCCUAAUGAUGAUUUGGCUUUAUUACCUGAAAUCUCCGAGCAAAGUUUGCUUUACGAUUUGGAGAUACGCUAUCGGCAAGGUCAAAUCUAUACUUACAUCGGAGAUAUACUUAUAGCUUUAAAUCCUUUUGAUCAUCUCCCAAUAUAUGGUCGACAAAUCUCUGAAUUGUAUAAAAAUACUGAAUCAAUCGUUUCAUUACCAUCACAUAUUUAUGGAUGUGCCGAACGUUUAUAUCGAAAUAUGUUACGGGAAAAAACAUCUCAAUGUGUUGUUAUAUCUGGUUUAUCCGGUAGUGGAAAAACUGAAUCAUGUAAAUAUAUUGUUCAACAUAUACUUAGUCGUUCAUUAUCAGUUGAAACAUUGCUGAAUAUGAAAAUAAAUCAAGUUAACUCACUAAUGGAAGCAUUUGGUAAUGCUAAAACAUACAUCAAUAAUAAUUCAAGUCGUUUUGGAAAAUAUCUAGAAAUUCAUUUUGCACCUACUGGCAAUGUUUUAGGAGCUAAUUUAAAAGAAUACCUACUUGAAAAGUCACGUGUUAUAUCGCAUAACAAUGAUGAAGGAAAUUUUCAUAUUUUUUAUUAUCUAUUUGCUGGCCUAUCUCAUGAUAUGUUAGUCCGAAAUGGUUUAAGAGUACCGAGUGAACAUCGAUAUAUGUCGCAUAAUAUUGAAUUAGCGCAAUUAGAUAGUGCUAGACAAGUUGAAUAUAGAAAAAAAUUUCAAAUGGUGAAACAAAGUUUAAUAACAAUUGGAUUUUCUGCAGAAGAUGUUCAAUCAAUAUUUACGAUUCUAUCAGCUAUAUUACAUGUCGGUGAUGUUAUUUUUGUUCCGCAUGGUUCAAAUGAUGGUGUACGAGUUAAAAAUAAUGGUACAAUCGAUAAAAUCGCGGAACUUCUUCAGCUAUCUUCAAUGGAACUGAGCUCUGCGUUAGUUACUGAAUUACAAGUCACACGUGGUGAGCAAAUAUUUCGUGAGAGAAAUAUUAUUCAAGCAUCAGAAUGUCGAGAUGCUUUUGCUAAAGCACUCUAUGGACGGUUAUUCAGUUGGAUUGUCAAUGGAAUUAAUUCAUAUCUACAACCGGUUGAAGAUGAAGGUAGUUCUGCACAUACCAUAGCGGUGCUUGAUAUAUUUGGUUUUGAAAAUUUCAAAUCAAAUAGUUUUGAACAGUUAUGUAUAAAUGUAACCAAUGAACAUAUGCAACGAUUUUUAAAUCAACAUAUCUACGAUUUGGAAAUUUCCGAUUGUCAACACGAAGGUAUCGAUACAAUUGAUAUUAAUUAUGCAGAUAAUCAUCUUGUUAUCGAAACAUUUUUUAAUAAACAUUCCGGUAUAUUAGCUAUAUUAGAUGAAGAAAGUCGUUUUCCGCAAGCAACAGAUCAAACAUUAGCAACGAAACUUCAUCAUGGACCUGGUGUACAAUUUCGUGAUAUAUAUUCCGUACCAAAAGAUGGCGGUACAACAUUUACGAUACGUCAUUAUGCAGCUCCUGUUGUAUAUAAUAUGGUUGGAUUACUAGAAAAAAAUCGAGAUUUUCUUCCAAAUUCAAUUGUUUUUGUUGCUCGAACAAGUAAUAAUUUAAUUAUUCAAGAAUUAUUUCGUAUGAACUUAAAUGAGAAAGGUGUUUUACCAGCAUCACCAUCAUUACGCAAUCAUCAGCAUCAUCCGAAUACAUUUCAUGCUAACCGAGAUAUUAAACGAAAUGAUGUAUCGUUUAAUCACGGUGUAAAACACUCAUCACAUCUACAACAGCCAAGUAGAACACUACCAGAAAAAUCAAAUGGAAAUACAUUUGAAAGAACUGGCGGAACAGCUAUGCGAACAGUUGCCUUUCAUUUUAAACAUUCGUUAUCAGAAUUAAUUGAAAAAAUGACUCUUUGUCAAUGUCAUUUUGUUCGAUGUAUUAAACCAAAUGAACUACGAGAUAAAACAACUUCAUUAACAGUACCAUGUGUUACACGUCAAUUACGUUACUCUGGCGUUCUUCAAAUGUGUGAAAUCCGAAAGAAAGGAUACCCAUUAAGAAUUCAAUUCGAUGAAUUUCUACAUAGAUACAAUGCUCUCGUUCUAUGCCUACUACCGAUUACUACCGAUGACCGGUCAAAAGAGUUAUCAUUAUCAUCACUAACGUAUAGCCGUGAUCGGGCGAUUGAAUGUUUAAAACGGGCCGGAAUUGACAAUUAUAAAGUUGGUCGUACAAAAUUACUAUUUCGUUAUUGGCACUCUGAUCAACUUCAUAACUUAGCUGUACAAUACGAGAAAAAAGUCAAUGUUUGCCAGAAAGUCUUACGUGGUUGGCUAGCUCGACGCAAAUAUAGUCGUCUUCGCGAAGUUCAUCAAUUACAAUUAGUAUUUAUACGAAAAUUUUGUGAUGAUAUUGCAUUAACCGGUCAAUUAUAUAAAACGAAAAUGGAUAAUCACUGUCAAUAUGAUAAAAAGCGUAAAUUAAAACAAAAUGUCCAACCGAAAGCGAACGAUGCCGAUGAAGAACAAAUUGAAAAAACAAUGAACUACUUCGAUUCACUUAUUGAUCCAUACCUUAGUGAUCAAGAGACAAAUGCUGAAAAUAAGAGUCGAAAAUCAUUAACUACAUCUACGAAUAUUCCUCAAGUAAAACCAAUUUCUCAUACUAAUGGAACUACAUCAGUUCAACACGUUAAACAAGAAUUUGAUGGAAAUGUUUCAAGUAAUACGAGCUCAUCAACAUCUUCUACAUCAUCUCAAAAAGUUCCACAACGGCCAGUAGAUAUUCAUGCAUCACACUUUCAUCAAUUUCAAAAUAUACGCUGCCGUUUUGAACAAAUGACAUCAGGUGUAACGAAUGCUUCCACCAAUAAUGUUCGCCGUUAUACAUCAGAAAACAAUCUAAAUGAGAUAAGUUCAUCGUCAAAACCACUCCUACAACCUAAAGUACCUCGUCUAGUAUCUGUACAAACGACUGCAACAGCAACAUCAACAGAAGAUUUAAGUAAUAUUCCAUCAUGGAAAAAAUUAUCACCUCAAGCACGUCUUUCAGCGUUGCUCGAUAAAACAAAUCAUACAUCAUCAUUAUCAUCGAACGGCACAAGUGCUAGUUUAAUUGAUUUAACGUCUAUUGAUAAGCUAUCGACUAAUAAACAAUUUCAGCCAGCACCAACAGCAAGACCACGUUUUCGUUUCGUUCCAUCAUCAGAUCAAAAUUCUGUAUUAAAAGAAGAACCUGAACCUGAACAACCAUCAACACAAUCAAAUAUAUCGUAUGAUAAUUAUAAUAUUAAAUCACUCUCACCAAAUCGAACAUCAAUUAAUAAUCAUAAUAACCAGCAACAGCAAAUAUCUGGUGCAAAACAACCAAAUAAUCUUAUAAAACCAUCGGUUAUUCAUCCGUCUCAAAUGAGUCGCUCAACUGUGUUCACGCAAUCAGAUAUUAAUAUUCAUCAGCAGAAUGGUAACAGUGCAUUUAAACCUCAUAUAUCUCAGCAAACAAAACUUAUGAAAUCUUCUAUACAAUUAUCAUCGAAUCAAAUCAAUGGAAAUAAUUUUCACCAUCCAAUCGCAGCAACACAAAAUAUAAUUCAUCCGCUUGGCAUAACGAAUUCCAAUGGCAUGAUAUAUAAAAAUCAACAACCACCACCGGUGCCAAACAUAAAACGAACAGAAUCAGUACAUAAACCAGGCGUACAUGUUGGAAUAACAAAUCCGAGUGGUCCAUCAUCUGCAAACGGCUUAAUAAUGCGUCAACAUCAACAUCAACAUCAACAAACAAUACCACAAUUUCAUCAAUCAAUGCUCAAUUUAUCUUCUAUAGGUGCAUCGGAAACAACAAAUUUAAAUCAACCACCUAUGGAUAUGUUUGGUUCACGUGUAUCACUUCAUUCAUCAUCAUCAAAUUUUAUGAAGCACCCAGCUUAUGCACAACAACAACAACAACAACAACAACAGCAACAACCACCAAAUAAAACAAACGGACAUCCUCAAUAUAAUAAUAAUCAUAAUAGCCAUCAUCAUCCUCCUCCGCCUAAUUCAUCAGCAUUUAGACCUCCUCCAGCUAUAGUUGAAGAUCCUAUUUUACGAUGGAUUCAACAAGUGAACAAUAGUAGUAAUGUUAAUAGUUUAACAUCGAACGGAGGAGGAAAUCGAUCACAACAACAAAAUUUUACAUAUGUACCCUAUGUUUCAACGGGUUCAACUGUUCAACCAACUAUGGUGAAUGGCUCAGAUCAUCUUCAUCGUCAACAACAACUUCAACAACCCUAUUUAAAUCAAGUCAACGUUCAUAAACAUCAUGUACCACAACAUACAGUACCUGUUCAAGCAGGUUAUCUUGCUUCACCACCGGUAUCAAGAAAUGGUAUAUCACCAUCGUUAACAGCAAAUAUCUAUCAUUUCAAUCAUCAUAAUUCUCAACAAAUUCCGCCAUCUUCCGGAGGAGGACAAUCAAGACCACAUUCACAACGUCAGGAUGUAACUGUUACAACUUAUCUUUAA